AUGGAGAUUCUAUCUUACCUUGCUGGCGACUUGCCUUUCGAUGAGGGAUCCCCCUGGAAUAGGCACAGUAUGCAGAAGACCACUGAGGGUCUACGAGAUGUUUUAGGACGCUCCUACUUCAGUCGCAUAUGGGUUGUGCAAGAAGCAGCACUCGCAUCUUGCGUUAAAGUUCAAGUGGGAGACCUUUUUAUUACAUGGGAAAGAGAGAAGAGUGCGCGCCUGUUCCUGGCCAGGAUCAAGCUUCUCGAAGUCUCGCCCAGCUGGCGAUCAACUGGAGGCAGCAAAGUCGAUAUGCGGCCCAUAAGGGAACUUCUGGAACAAUCUAUUCUACAGAUAGACCGGCAAGUCGGUCGAGUUCAGAACGCUACACUCCUAGACGCUGUACACAGCAUGAGAUUCCGGGAGUUUACUAACCCAAUGGAUAGUAUUUAUGGCAUUAUGGGUCUUGUAUCGCCUGCUGAGGUUGCUGGUCUUGUCCCAGACUACAGCCAGUCAUGGGAGGAGACAUAUAACCAGUUUUAUGAGCAUGCAUUGAGAAAUGUACUGAAGAAUCCAGAGGAAAAGUGGGAAGUUAAAAGUGAUUCUCUUACGGCAUAA